UAACCAGAACACAAAAUGAAAACGUCGUAUUGUGCUAAAUAUAUCAGUGCGGCUCGAGUCUUGGUCGGGACGGGACGAGUCGAGUCACCGCCUGGCACCCAGUAUAAAUGUGCGCCGCGCGAGAAGCACUAACCUCGCACGCGCCGGCGCCGAUGUCGGGCAGCGAAGACGACGGGCAGGCCGCUAGAGACGCUGGGAGCGAGACGUGGCAGGGCACGAGCGGCGCGGCCGGGGAGGUGCUACGCGCGGUGUUCGCGUGGCUCAACGGCGCCGAGCUGUGGGCUGCGGCACACGUGUGCCGCGGCUGGCGAGCCGCCAUCGAGUCUUGGUUGUGGCGGCGCGCGCUGCUGCCUCGCGCCGCUCCCGCGCACCUUGCCGCCCUGCGCCGCGCACGCGCCGCCGCUGCACUCAACUCCGCACACAACAUAGGAGAGUCGUGGGCGGCGUGGUCGUGGCGGCGCGAAUACUGGCUGGCGGCAGCGUGCUGGCGGCUGGCGUGGCGCGCGCCCGCCGCGGGGGGCGCCGCUGUGGCGCACGCCGCGCUCAGCCACGCUGGGGACCGGCUGGCGCUCGCCGCCGAUGAUGCCUCGCUUACGGUGUGGGCGCGCGUGUCAGGCAGCCCGCGGUGGGAGCAGUGUUGGCACCGCAGCGAGCGAGCGCGCGGCUGGGCGGCGGUGCUGGCAGUAAGCUGGGCGCCAGACGAUGCGCGCCUACUGCUCUCAGGGCCCCUUGUGCUCGCCGACCGCUGGGAGCUGCUCGUCUUGAGGUUCGACGAGAGUGGCGUGGGGCGGGCAGAGGUGCGAGCCGAGUGCGGCCCGGGCGGCGGCUGCUGGGCCGGGCCCGCCGCCUUUCUGUCGCUGUCGCUGCGCCUGCUGGCGCCCGCGCGCGCCGUCACCACCGUGUGGCUUAACGCCGCCGACCAGGGCGUGCAGUCGGAGUUCGCGGGCGUGAGGUCUCCGGUGCUGCGCGUCUACAAUGAGGCCGCCGCGCACAUCACACACAUGCUUGCGGCAGAGGUUCCGGUGCAUGAGUUAGAAGAGCUAGAAGGCCGGAGCCCUGAGGAGCGGCUCGUCGCCGCCGACGAGCCAACGGAAGUGCCAUCCGAUGGCGCCGAGUGCCCGCGGCCCAGCUACUGGCGCGCCACGUUGCCGAUGCGUGCCGAGCAGUACGAGCGGGUGGUGCUGGCGGCAGUGGGCGCGGCGGGCGGGACGCGCGGUGCGGCGUGCGCGCUGGCCGUAUGGGCGCUGCGAACGCGCGCGCCGCCGCCUCUGUUCGCGACCACUUCCCUGGCGGAGCGCGUGCGAGCGUACCGCGAGGCGAGGCUCGCGCCUCCCGCGCCUGGCGAGCCUCCCGCGCCGCCACCCAGCGAGCGCGAGCUGCGCGCCCUUUGCACGCCACCACUUGCCACGUGCCGCCUUCCUUCUGCUAUACUAGGCGUAAAAAUACAUCCAAAGUCAGUUUCCAAUUUAAUAUCAUCUUGGUGGUAUCAUCAUGUAUCAACUCCAAGGCACAUUGCUCCAAUUUACAUGGAUUUUAUUUUUAUUUUUUUUUACGGCGGCUGCGUGUGGGCGGUGUGCGGCGCGGGCGCGCAGUGCGCCUCGCUGCCCGCGCUGCGCCCGCUGCUGCGCGUGCCGCUCGCCGCACCCGCCGCGCCCGCCUCGCCCCCCGCGCUCUACCUGCUGCAGCCCUCGGUCUGCGACGACUUCCUAGUCACGCCGGAGGGGCCGGGGUCGGGCGCGGUGCGCGUGGUGGCGGCGCGAUCGGGCGCGCGCGGGGCCGCGCUGCCGCACGCCGCGCCGCCCGUCGCCGCGCUGUUGCCCGCGAGCCCCACUCAUCUACUCGUGCUUGCCGGUGUGGACGUGUCCAGCGUUACAACAUGA